CUUUGAUCCGUAGCUUAGCGCCGCGGCGGCGGAAACACCGUCAAGAUCAAGAUCUCCGGUCCGGCAACAAUCUCUUACGUGGUAAGAUGGAGAUCCGGUAGGGCAACGCAUCGGCCGCGUCGAUCGAUGACCGGCUUUUGGAUUUAUUGUUUUGAUGAAAUUCAUUAUAGUUCCAUAGGUUAUCUGUUGGUUGAUAACUUGCGAUUAGUUAGUUGUUCAUCCACAAAGUUAAUACUUAUUCAAAGAUAAGAACAAUCUCAGAUUAAAGGACCUUAUCAGAAGAAACCAGUAGCAACUUUUACCUUUGAAGUUUUAGCUUUGUUGGGAUGGAUCCUCAUCUGGUUCUGGAAAUCCCUGAUACUCCAGAAAGAUUGGUACAGUUGGUUGAGUCAUCACCUGGCAGCUCACCCAUGGAAACAAAUUUCAGUCCAUCGCCACAACACCAGGAUACAGAGCAUUUUUUACUAGAAAAUUCUUGCCAUUCCAGGGAUGUUGGCUCAAGGGAUGUCAGUAGAACAAGUAAAAUUGACCAAACAAAGCAUAUUUAUAGGAAAGAAAAAUUAGGGCAAGUUUACUCUGGAAUCUUUGGUAAAAGACCUUUGCUUGGUAGCUCAUCUGAAGUUGGACAAACUAGAGUGGAAAGAACUGACUUGAAAUAUGACACACUUGCUACAAGGAAUGAUGACAUAUUUAAGGUUGCUGAGAGAAAGAUGCAGAAAAAAUCACUAGGUGAAAAUAAUGAACUGCUGAGAAGCCCUGGAAGGGAUGGAUUGCUUGUUUCACAAUCAUCAGUUGGACAACCAGAGAGUGAGACUGAUAUUAUUUUAACUAGGAAAGGGAAAAGAAUUCUGCAGGAUUCUAGUAUGAAGUUCCAAGACAAGGGGAAAGGAGUUAGUUCAUCUUGUGAUUCACAUUCUGAAUCUCACUGUGAAUUAUCAAGUGCAACACAUGAUGGUAUUUAUCAGAAGCCCAGGAUGCAACGUCAUCUGGUACGAAAUGGGCGCAUCUCUCCUUGUAACACAGCGAGAAUUAGAAUUGCAUCUGAGGUUCACAGCCAAAAUGGAACAAUUUAUUCUAAUGGAAGAAACUUCUAUCCAGCUACUGAGAUUAGCGAUUGCCAUAAAAACCAUGGAGAUAAUUGGGCUGUUAGUCAUCCUGUAGAUGAUCGAGAGGGGAUUGGACUUAUAGGAAUGCUAAACAAUGUCAACACUUCACAUCAAACACUUACUGCUCCUGAUUCUGAGGACGGACAUAAUGGUAUUUCUCACUGUGAAUUAUCAAGUGCAACACAUGAUGGUAUUUCUCAGAAACCCAAUGUGCAACGUCAUCUGGUACGAAAUCGGUGCAUUUCUCCUUGUAACAUAGCAAGAACUAGAAUUGCUUCUGAGGUUCACAGCCAAAAUGGAACAAUUUAUUCUAACGGAAGAAAAUUCUCUCCAGCUACUGAGGUUAGCGGUCGCCAUAAAAACCAUGGAGAUACUUGGGCUGUUAGUCAUCCUGUAGAUGAGCGAGAGGAGAUUGGACUUAUAGGAGUGCUAAACAAUGUCAGCGCUCCACGUCAAACACUUACUGCCUCUGAUUCUGAGGUCAGACAUAAUGAUGAUGACAAAGGAAAAACAAUUUGUGAUACCAUGAUGACUGACAGACAAUCUGGAAAUCUACCACCAUACAGGUCUUAUAGGUCAGCAGGACAAGAAGUGACUAAUAUAGAAAGCUGUGCUCAGGGCAUUGAAGAUUUGUGUUGGACUCAAAAUGAAACAAGUAAAGGACAUAUGCCCUCAUCAAGAAAUGAAGAUGGAAUUGAAACUACAGAUCAAUUGAAUAUUGUACUUGAAAAUCAUGAAACAUCUGCUUUGCCUAGGUCGAACUUAAGGGCAGAAAGAUCAUUUUCUCGGUCAAAUUCAGAAAACUGGAGAAAAAGGUAUACAGAUGGAAAGAGGAAACAUGGAUCGACUCCUGAGGUCUCAUAUUUAGGAACUUCAUGUCAGCCCUUGAAGUCAAGAACCACUGGCACUCAUAGUUCUAGGCAGCGUGGCAUUAUUUUAGGUCCAGUUAUUGAAGUUGAUGAGCUGCAUUCACCAGGAUCCAGUUCUUCUGAUAGCUCUAGUGCUAAGGCUAGACAGAUUGAGUCUGAUGAAUUAUUAGCUCAGCAACUUCAAGAGCAGCUUUACAAUGAAUCAGAAUCACUAAUAACUUUUGACAGUGAAGUGAUUGAUGAAGCCAUAGCACGGCAAUUGCAAGAGGAAGAGAAUAGUCAGCGUGCUUCUUUACAUUCAGAUCAAAUUCAGCACAACCAUAGAAGCAGAUUACUUGCACGCCUACAUUCUCAACAAUCUCAACCAUCCAGGAAUUAUAUUCCCCGGUCAGCAAACUACCGAAAUGGAUUAUCGGCAAGACGGCCACGAUUAAUGAGGGAUAUUGAAUUCGAUGAUCUGGAUAUGCAAACGGGAUUAGAUGCUUUUGAAGAAAUGGAAGUUGGGAUUGACCUUGGUAGUCACAUAUUUGCCUCCAAUUUCCUUCACAGUCAUAGUUAUUUUGCUGAAGGUGAUUAUGAGACGCUAUUAGCCCUUGAUGAUAACAACCAUCAGCAUACAGGUGCCACAGCAAAUCAGAUUAACCAGUUACCACAAUCAACAGUGCAGACUGAUAACAUGGAACCAUGUGCUAUCUGCAUCGAUAAACCAUCUAUUGGAGAGAUUAUCAGACACUUACCAUGCUUGCAUAAGUUCCACAAAGACUGCAUUGACCAAUGGCUGAGGAGGAAGAUGUCAUGUCCAGUAUGCAAGAGUAGUAUUACUUAACACAGCCAUAAGUGAUUUGCUUGGCUAAAAGAUCUGAAGUUGUCAACUUGUAGGUAAACACUAAUAAGCCACAACGCAACUACCAAAGUGAACAUGCUUUCCAUGUCAACCUUUAAUUUCUCCUUUUUGGAAAUCAGAGAUUAAGCCUUUGUGAUUUUUAUGUUAUAAUGUGUAACCCUUUUGCUAGAUGUUACUGAAGGCUGUACUUGUUUUUUUUUUUUUUUGUCAAUUAGUGAAACUGCAAUCUUGUUCACAACCUGUUCAUGUAGCCAGGAUGAUUGCCGAGUCUAAGAAUGCAUUUUCUGUACCUUCUCUUCC